CUGGCUGCUGCAGCCCGGGCGGCCUGGGCGACCCGGUAGGAUCCUUCCUGCGGGCGGUGGGGAGCGUCCCUCGGACUAACCUCCGUGUCGUCGCUGCCCGGCCCGGCGCUGACGAUGGAGCGUGAGUCGGGAUGCGCGGCGGCGGGAGAGACCGAGGCAGCGGCCGCCACGGCGUUCCGAGACGCGACACGGCAGAUAAGUAAUGAAAGAGGAUUUGAGAAUGUAGAACUGGGCGUCAUGGGGAAGAAGAAGAAAGUCCCGAGGAGGGUCAUCCACUUUGUCAGUGGAGAGACAAUGGAGGAGUACAGCACCGACGAGGACGAGGUGGACGGCCUGGACAAGAAGGACGUGCUGCCCACUGUCGACCCGACAAAACUUACCUGGGGCCCCUACCUAUGGUUUUACAUGCUGCGGGCCGCCACAUCAACCCUCUCAGUGUGUGACUUUCUUGGAGAGAAGAUUGCGUCAGUUUUGGGCAUCAGCACCCCAAAAUACCAGUACGCCAUUGAUGAGUAUUACCGGAUGAAGAAGGAGGAGGAGGAGGAGGAAGAAGAAAAUAGGAUGUCAGAAGAAGCAGAAAGACAAUACCAACAAAACAAGCUGCAGGCCGAUUCCAUUGUACAGACAGACCAACCAGAAACAGUGUCGUCCAGCUUUGUAAAUAUUAAUUUUGAAAUGGAGGAAGACUGUGAAGCAAUUAAGGAAAACAAACAGCGUCCAGUCUCUGUCCCACCAUAGAAUGAGAUGACUGUCUAUAAAGUGUUACACCCCAAACUUCUCCAAUCAGGAGCUUUUUAUGUUUUAGUGGGACUUAAAACAACUAUUUAUAUUUUAAAUUAUUACGGGAAAACCUUCCUUCAUUCUUAUGCUGUAUCUAUUACAGUGAGGUCUGAAUUUGGGGUGCUUUUGAGUUAGUGACCCCCAUUUCCCACCCCCAAUGCCAAGGAGCAAACCCAGGGCUCCUUUCACAUACACUCACCAGCCAAGCACUCGAUCCUAAGCCCAGGGCUGUGAUUUUAAGACGAACUUUUAUAAAACACAAAGGACAUUUAGCCAAGCAUGGUACUACAUGCCUUUAACCUUUGCACCAGGUGAGUUUACGGCCGCCCUGGUCAACACAGUGAGCUCCAGCCUAGCACAUGGUGACACCUGGCCUUAAAACAACAACAGAAACUGAAGGCAUUCUACAUUAAGAGCGUGAAAUAAUUCAUUAAGAUUUUUGGUUUGGGGGCAUUUGGAGUUGUUUUUGAAAGUAUUGACUAAUCACUAAUAAUCCUACAGCCUCGGUAUAAAGUACCCCUAGAGUUUACACAAGGAGGGUUCAGAAUGUAUAAUAAAAGGAGCAAGAUGGAAGCACUGUGGAUUUCCUUUUGUUGAGAAUAUCAUAUGGGAAAGAUUAGGUUUUCAUUUUCACUGUAAGCCAUCCUUUUUUUUCAGUAGUUACUGAACUGACUUGCUCUGAUCACAAACUGACACUAGUCACUGAAUGGCUCUGUAGUUGAAGUCACGUGUUGCUACCUAGGGAUUACCCACGUGGCAUCUUGGUCAUGUCACAGUUAUUCGGCCUUUUAUGUAACACAGGCAGAGGAACUAACGGGAUGAUGAGUUUUGAACAGUUUACUUUGGUCACCAUUUUGAAGUAGCAGUAGUAAGUGGGACGCUGAUGCGAACCAGGUUUGGCCAUCUCUCCGCUUACUAGGCUCCUCCUUUACAAAGGUAUAGAAUAUGGAGCUACUUGUAAGAAAUAUCCUGAAUAUGUGUUCAGAACCUCACAUCUGUAGAACUUUGAUUUAUACCCAAAUGUAGAUAAAGAAAAAUGUGGGCAGUGUUUAGAAGUCCUCAUCAUUUAAAAGCCUUCUCAUAGCUCUAAAAGGGUUAGAAACAAAUGGUUAUAAACCAGCCUUCUAAGUACCAUUACCUUUCCACCUUAAAUGUGUAUACAAUGAAAACAUGGGUGGGUGAACAUUGUAGAGACCUGCCAGUGGACUUCAACUCAAAGGUGAACUUUUAACUGAAUAAAAGUUUCAGUUGGACUGACAUCAGUCAUCCCGGGUUAGGAGCGGACAGCACCUUCAUGGGUGUAGACAUGUGACUUAGCCCUUAGGGAUUUAUCUUUCCAUCGAUGUCACUAUCAGUUACCGUUUACUAAAACUCUGUCUCAGUUGGUAGUUGCUAAAACAUGCUGACCUGACCUCUUGCUCUUGAUUUGUUUUUAACUUUGAGUCAGUGCUACCACAGACAAUCGGUUAUGAGGUGAAGGUGAGUGGUCCACAGGUGACUAGCUUCUGUCUCAGAGUGUAUGCUCAGACCUGUGAUCACAGCAGGAGGGUGGCACCAUGCAGGCCUGAGCUUCCUGUGCUGACCUUUUUGCUGCUUGUUUGGCACUGGCUGAUGGGUACUGUUUACAGUUAUUCACUGUGCCUUACAUUUUUACACUUUGGUUUAUAUGAGCUAUAAAAUUUAUCGUAAGUGGGUUAAAUGGUUUUAUUUUAAGCCUCCUUCACCUCUUCCUAUUUUCUAAUUCUUAGAAGAAUUAUUUUUCCCUCUGGAUCACAGUUCAUGAUAUUCUACUUUCUUCUGAUCUCUCUUUUUAUAAAUACUGACCACAGCCACGUAUGGCAGUGCACAUCUGUGUUCACAGCACUAGGGAGGCUGAGGUGGGAGGAACAUGAGCUGGAGGCUGGCCUAGACCACAUAGCAAGACCCUUAACAACAAACAAACAAAUAACACCAAAAACCAUAAACACAUAAGUAUACUGAAUUAGUAAAUUCUCUAGCAAAACCUUUAACAGAAGUUAGUUUUGUAAAUGCUUAAUAGACCUAGACAAAAUCUCAUUCAAUCUGAUGAGUUUAAUAAAACAAAAUAGUUUGUUUGAAUACUUAUUUUGAAAACACUAUAUUUAAAAAAAAACAAAAAAACAAAACAAAAAAAUCUUGGGAAGGCAAGAGGAUGCUGGGUACAAGCGCUUGCUGGGAAGCCGAGAACCUGAAUCUGAUCUCCAGAACCCACGUGGGGAAAGGCAAGAAUCACAACAAUGUCUACUGACCUCCAUGUGUGCUCUGGUGUGCACACACAAGAAAUACAAAAACAACAACAAAAACCCCAAAAACAAUAGGCACAGAGGCACUCACCUUUAACCUCAGCACCUGGGAGGCAGAGGCAGGUGUCUCUCUUAAGAGUUCAAGGUUAAAGGCCAACUUGGUCCACAUAGCAAGUUCCAGGCCAGUCAGGGCUACAUAGUGAGACCAUGUCUCAAAACAACCAAAGCCACAUCUAAAGCUUUGAAUCAGAAAUGCAAUGGUGCUACUCUGAUAGGAAGUCUCCUGUCCCCAAUCUUCUUGAAGACCAAAUAUUGUAAUUCCACAUGAAUAAACUCCAUGGCUAACUACAGCAAAUCUUACUUUCCAUUUCUGAGUUAGACAGAACUAGGACUUACUUUACCACUUCAUAAAAAACCAAUAGUUGGUCCUAUUACUUUCAAAUUGUUCUGACUGCAACCAACACUCUAGUAAGCAAGAUAUUUGCUGUGUUGUACAGGCAUGUGAUGAGUUUUAUUUAGAACGUUUCUAAGGAUUCUGCUUCAACAGUGUUGCAUGCAGCAUUCAAGCAUCUUUAUGAAGAAGUCUAUUUUGCAGAGAUCAUGUGUCAUCAAGAUCUGCAGAGGGCUGGUGAGAUGGCUCAGUGGAUAAGAGCACCCAACUGCUCUUCCGAAGGACCAAAGUUCAAAUCCCAGCAACCACAUGGUGGCUCACAACCACCCGUAAUGAGAUCUGAUGCCCUCUUCUGGUGUCUGAAGACAGCUACAGUGUUCUUACAUAUAAUAAAUAAAUAAAUCUAUAAAAAAAAAAAAAAAAAAAAAAAA